AUGGAAAAAAUGGAAGAGGGUGAGAGCUGCAAAUUAUCUCGAAUUGAAUCUCGUGCCAGAAAUGCUCCACUCCUCCUAGCUGCCCUAGCAGAUGAUUGGAAAUCUGCUAAAACUUUUAUUGAAAAAAAUCCAAAUUGUGUUAGAGCUGCCAUAACGGAAGAGCAAGGGACAGCUCUUCACAGUGCUGUAUCUGCAAAAAACAGGAGUUUUGUAAAAGAACUUGUGAAAUUGAUGAAACCAGAAGACUUAGAAUUGCAAGACAACUUAGAUUGCACGGCCCUUUAUUAUGCUGCUCAAUCAGGAAUUGUAGCAAUUGCAGAGGAGAUGGUGAAAAAGAACCACAAACUGCCGGCGAUUCCCAAGAAUGACGUCGAGCGCUUACCGCUUUACGCGGCAGUGAAGACCGGAAAUAGGGACAUGGUGUCCUAUUUAUACUUUGUCACUCCUCAUGGUCAAGAGGACAUGAAUUCUAAGGAUCGCAUUGAGCUUCUUAAUGCUGCUAUUUCCACAGAAUUGUAUGAUACGGCAUUAAAAAUUCUGAAAACUCUCAAGUUAGAAAGUCCUGAAGAGAAGGGACAACUUCAAGGUCCACUGGAAAUGUUGGCCAGAAAACCUUCGGCAAUGGGCAGCAAAAGUACGUCUGCUGCUGGCAUCAAUACCAUGGGAAAGAUGCUUAGCUCCUGCUUCAAAGGGUUGAUGAGCAACAAAGUAUUAGCCAAUGAAUUAGUGGAAACCCUCUGGAAAGAUUUUGGAGACAAGAAUUUCUCGUCAACGUCCACGACUCAACAUCAUAUGAAAAUACUUGUUGAAGCUGCAAAACUAGGGAACGUUGAAUUUAUAAAUGUAUUUAUACGUUCUUAUCCAGACCUGAUAUGGCAAAUUGACGACGAAUAUGGAAGUUUAUUUCACGUUGCUGUUAAACAUCGACAAGAGAGUGUAUUCAAUCUGAUAUAUGAGACAGGUGUUAUGAAGACUAACCUUGCGACCUAUAGUGACAAAGAAGGAAACAAUAUGCUUCACUUGGCUGCAGAAUUGCCUUCUCCAAAUCGACUGAAUAUCGUAUCCGGAGCAGCUCUUCAAAUGCAACGAGAGAUGCUCUGGUUUCAGGAGAUAAAAAAUAUCAUGCCAAACUCAUACGUGAAUGAGAUAAAUGCAGAAGGACAAACACCUAAGGAGAUAUUUAUGAAGAGUCACGAAGACCUGCAGAAGAAAGGUGAAAAGUGGAUGAAGGACACAGCAAACUCUUGCAUGCUCGUGGCAGCACUGAUUGCCACUGUGGUAUUUCCAGCUGCCUUUACAGUACCGGGUGGCAACAAUCAAGAAACAGGCAUUCCAAUCUUUCUGGAAACCAAUUGGUUUAGGGUAUUUUUCAUAUCAGAUGCAGUAGCAAUGCUAUUCUCUUCGUCUUCUAUAUUGGUUUUCCUGUCAGUUCUUACGUCACGCUACACAGAAAAGGAUUUCAUGAAAACAUUACCUCGGAGGUUGGCGUUGGGACUAGGUACGCUCUUAAUAUCAAUAGUGGCCAUGCUUUUAGCCUUUGCCGCAGCCAGUUUUUUGGUGUUUCAAUGCAAAACACCAAGUGUUCCGAUCGGAAUAAUUGUCGCGGCGCCUGCUAUCCCAAUUAGUUUGUUUGUUAUGCUGCAUUAUGCUCUUUGGGUUGAUAUUUUCCGAUCAGCAUUUAUUUCUAAUCUUCUUUUCCGGUCACAGCAUAGGCUUUUUGAAGCUAGGAAAUAAUGGCAAUCU